CGAGUGUCUUGCAUUAAAAAUCGUAGCACUUAGUGUGAGGUGCGUGGCUUGGGAUUUGAAUUGAAUGAAAGUGGCCCUUAAAAGAGCAGCUGGUCAGGGCAGGUGGAGUGCUCCUUUUUGUGGGUUCCUCUUACCGUCAGCUAACCUGCAGAAAUGAGACCAAGCUUCCGCCUGCUCGACAGGUAAUUUUAGACCAAUUGACGGCACCCACCUGCAGGAUUGUUCAGAUCGCUCAGCCCUGCCUGGGUGGGGCCCCCAACCGCCCACUAUCUGCACAGUAAUUUGCUUUUUUGUAUGCAUCUCGACGGCAAACAUUUACUGUACUGUUGAGUAAAUAAUCCUGGUCUUAAAGUCCACCAGUGGGAGACGACAGCGAAAUGAGGAAGGAGGCAGGGCACUCGGGUGGCCAGGCUGACGUUCAGAGCCAAGCCAAGGCCUCGAGCCGCACCAACAUGCCGCGCUGCCGCAACUCCAUCGCCACCACGGCCGAGGACACCCCACACAUCGGCAACUACCGGCUCCUCAAAACCAUCGGCAAAGGCAACUUUGCCAAAGUCAAGCUGGCACGUCAUGUCCUGACCGGCAAAGAGGUUGCAGUUAAGAUAAUUGACAAAGCACAGCUGAACUCCUCCAGUCUGCAAAAGUUGUUCCGUGAAGUACGGAUAAUGAAGAAUCUGAAUCACCCUAAUAUAGUUAAGUUAUUUGAAGUUAUAGAAACCGAGAAAACACUGUAUUUAGUCAUGGAGUACGCCAGUGGGGGGGAAGUUUUUGAUUACCUAGUUGCACACGGGAGAAUGAAAGAAAAGGAAGCCCGGGCGAAGUUUAGACAGAUAGUGUCAGCUGUCCAGUAUUGUCACCAGAAGUGCAUUGUUCACAGGGAUCUCAAGGCAGAGAACUUGCUGGUAGACGUUGACAUGAACAUAAAGAUCGCGGACUUUGGCUUCAGUAACGAAUUCACGCUGGGGAACAAGCUGGACACGUUCUGUGGGAGCCCCCCCUACGCUGCCCCCGAGCUCUUCCAGGGCAAGAAAUACGACGGGCCUGAGGUGGACGUGUGGAGCCUGGGCGUCAUUCUCUACACCCUCGUCAGCGGCUCCCUGCCAUUCGAUGGUCAGAACCUCAAGGAGUUGCGAGAGCGAGUGCUUAGGGGGAAAUAUCGGAUUCCGUUCUACAUGUCCACAGACUGUGAAAACCUGCUGAAGAAAUUCCUGGUACUGAACCCGGCCAAACGGGGCAGCUUAGAGCAAAUAAUGAGAGAUCGUUGGAUGAACGUGAGUCACGAGGAGGAUGAGCUGAAGCCAUACAUAGAGCCCGAGCCAGACUACAAAGAUCCUCGGCGAACAGAGAUAAUGGUGAAUAUGGGCUACACACGGGAGGAGAUCACGGAGUCGCUCAUCAACCAGAAAUACAACGAGGUCAUGGCCACAUAUCUGCUGCUGGGCUGGAAAACAUCAGAGUUGGAGCUGGGGGAGGUGCUGACGAACACUAACCUGUGCCUGAAGAACAGACCGGGCGGUGACCUUCCAAACAGUAACUCACAGUCGCCCUCCAACAAGGUCCAGCGCAGUGUCUCCGCCAAUCAGAAACAGCGGCGCUUCAGUGAUCAAGUGGGUCCCACUAUCCCCACGACUAACUCCUACGCUAAGAGGAACCAGGCCAACAUCGCGGACAGUAAACACGGGGAGGAGGAGAGAGAGCGAGAGAGAGAGAGAGACGGCUCCCGCAGGUCAAACAGCAACGUCAAGGUGCCGGCCAGCCCUCUCAGCGGGUCAGAGCGCAAGCGAUCAGGGACCCCCCCCUCAGCGAACAACCUUCUCCAGACCGGUCUGAGCCGCAGCAGGAAUUCCCCGAUGGCGGAGCGAGCAGGUGGGGGGCCGCCCAGCGCCGUGCACAACGGCAGAGACAGCUCUUCAGCCCCCUCACGAGUGGCCUCAAUGUCAGUGACGUCGGCACGUACCCGGCACAGCAAGUCCGUGUCCUCCUCCGUCCACCCCACCAAAGCCCCUUCCCCCGGCUCCCCCAGCGCCGAGCUACAGAGGCCCAGCACGGCUCCCCAGCGGGUUCCAGCCACCUCUCCCUCAACCCACAACAUGAGCAGCAGCAGUACGGUGUCGGGGGUGGGGGAUGCCCCCAGUUUCCCCCGGGGUGUGGCCAGUCGCAGCACCUUUCACGGAGGGCAACUGCGUCAGCUCCGCGAGCAGCAGGCGGGGGGCUACCCUGGCGUCCCCGCCUCCCCCACUCUCUCCCACGGCAACAGCCACGGCCGUCGAGGGGCCUCGGGCAUCUUCAGCCGCUUCACCUCCAAGUUCGUACGCAGAAAUCUGUCUUUCAGAUUUUCCAGAAGGAUGCCCCUUGAGGGAGAGAACAGAGAGCAAUCUGAGGGCUCCAGGCCUAACCUGAGCGCGGAGCGAGACGACAACCGCGACUCGAAGCCUCGCUCUCUGCGCUUCACCUGGAGCAUGAAGACGACGAGCUCGAUGGAGGCCAACGAGAUGAUGAAGGAGAUCAGGAAGGUGCUGGACGUGAACAACUGCGAGUACGAGCCCCGCGAGCGCUACAUGUUGUUCUGUGUCCACGGAGAUAUGGCCAAGGACUCGCUGGUGCAGUGGGAGAUGGAGGUUUGCAAACUGCCCAGACUCUCGCUCAAUGGCGUCCGCUUCAAGCGAAUAUCGGGCUCCUCCAUCGCCUUCAAGAACAUCGCCUCGAAGGUGGCCAAUGAACUCAAGCUGUAACUGGGGGAGCGAGCGGCAGAGAGAGAAACGCAUUCCCUC